GGUUAUAAGGCCAGAACGUUUUUAACAUUACGUUUGCCAUGUAGUUCUUUUUCAAUCUUCCAGAAGAGCAUUUCAGUGCGAUGAGUUUCAACAAUUAUGAUGUAAGCAUGGAAACCACAGUAGAAACUAAUAGUAACACUAGCAUUAGCAAGAGCAACAAUGAAAUGGCAAAAAGAAAUAUAAACUGGGCAGCAGUGCUUUACUACAUUUAUCUCCAUGCUUUAGGAAUUGCCGGAUUAUAUUUUUUGUUCAGCAAAGCAAAAUGGAUAACAGUAUUUUAUUUUUUAUUUCUCAUCACAAUCAGUUCCAUAGGAUUAACAGCGGGUGCACAUAGACUGUAUGCACAUCAAACAUUCGUCGCGAUAGGACAACUCAGACUUUUCAUAAUGCUAGCUCACACUAUGGCAGGCGUGGGUUCGAUAUAUAAUUGGGUAUUUUGGCAUCGGAUGCAUCAUAAAUAUUAUGGCACUGAGAGAGACCCGUAUAAUCAUAAGAAAGGAUUCUUUUACUCUCAUGUGAUCAGUAAUAUCUUGUCAGUACCUUCUGACUUGAAAAAAUAUGCGAGAGAUAUCGAUAUGCGCGAUGUUGAUAGCGAUGGAUACGUUUGGAUGCAACAAAAGUCGUAUUACAUACUGUUUAUUGUGUUUGGAUUUUUACUGCCUAUCAACGUGGCUAUAAAAUAUUGUGAUGAAUCAUAUGUGAAUGCGUUUUUAAUUAUUGGCGCAGCGCGAUUACUGAUUACCACCAAUAUUUCAUGGCUUGUGAAUAGUGCCUUACUAGUCUGGGGCCUGAAGGAAGGGGCUAAAUUUCCAGUCGAUGACAAUUCUGUCUUUUUCUUGUCGAAGUCAUACUGGAUGAAUUAUCAUUACAUGAUACCAUGGGACUGGAAAAGUGGUGAAUUUGGCAAUUACGAAAGAGGAUUUAUUACCUUCAUUAUCAAGAUGUUUUAUGAACUUGGUUUCAUCAAUCAGAUGAAAACCGCUACCUGCAAUGAUGUGCGAGAAGCUCUCUACAAAGUCGCUACAUCGGAGAUGACGAUGGAUGAAGCUCUGUCAAAAGUAAAAGAGUCUGCGGAAGACGCCGCUCUCAGAGACAAACUAAUGUAUCGCCAUUAAGAAAGUCAAUCUGUAAACAAAUAAAUUAAUUUAAUUAAAUUAUUAAAUUUAAUUGUGCGUGAGAUAGUUUGUAAACUUGCAAGAGUAAUUUUUUAAAAAUUGUACACAAUAUGCAAAACAAAUAUCUUGUUACAUCAUUAUAAAAUUUCUUAUACAUGUAUUGUUUCUAUCAUAAUUAAAAUAUAGCCUAAUAAAUUUAUCAUUUAAUAAAAAAAGAAUACUUGUCAAAUUAAAAUAUUAACUAACCACUAUAUUUCUACAUUGCGUAACUAAUAAUCAAAUUGACAUUUGAAUCAAAGCAAAGUGUAAGCACUAAAUAUUUUAUUUUGUAGUUAUUACCAAGACAGCUUGUAUAAUACAAUACAAUCGUGUGAUUUCUUUUAUUUAAUUGUAAGAAUAAUUUUUAUAAUUUUAUGACCCUGGGCGAAUUCUCCUAUUAUUUUAUGUGCUCAUACUAGACGAACAGGUGGUUCCAAAAGAAAUAUUAUUUAAAUUAUCGAGAAUUUGAUAUAAAAUAAAAUAUAUUUGUAAUUAAAUAAGCGACUUACAAUCUUAAAGAAUGUGCUAACAGUAUUAAAAUAAUUGUUGCUGUCAACAGUAUUAAUUUAAGUUCUAUAAAAUAAAUAUAAAUUAAUGUAACGUUUGAUUAAUUUAGUGCACUUACAAAAUCGCAAUGUCGCGUUUUGCAUUUCCAACCCAUAUAAUAUUUUGGGCAAUUAUAAUGUUAAUGAUCUUCCAUUUAGGUUUAAAUGUCGCCUUCCUAAACAUUUUAUUCCAUUAAAUUCUCAGGACUAUUUGGAGUAGUAUUUAUUCUAACAUAAAUUUCUUCUAUCAAUCUAUACUGCAUAAUCGGCUGAAUGUUAUAACUCUUUUAUAUUAAUUCAUAGGCCUUCAUUCGUGUGCAUGUAUGUAUUAAUAUUUAAUAAAUUUUAUUUUUAUUUAUUUAA